CACUCUAUAGAACUAGUAUAGGACAUUGUCCAGUCUGUGAGCAUACUACCCUUCUAAGAGGGUGGCCUCAGUAGCGCCGGGAGCCGCACGGAGCCCGUAAGGGUUGUUUGCGUAAGCCGAGUAUUGCUGGCUUUUUCAUUUUAAUAUUAUUAAACUACAAGACACCGGGAACCACCAAUAAACAAUUUUUUAACGGUAUCAUAAGAAAAACAAAAUUUGCAUUCGAUACCUGGAAACUAUACGACGAUCGAUACAAGACGCAGUAGCAAUUAUCAAGGUGAUAAUAGAAAAUCUACGAUAAGGCAAUGCCUGCCGGAAUAUCAUCCCUGGCGCCAUCAAACGCUCAGUCCUUUGACCUGGAGGAUAAGGAUCAUCCACCAGCCUUUACGAUUCUGCAAAAGGAUGGCCUCGAGUCAUCCUUACCAAUGUUACAUGUAGACAACGAGGACGAAGAAGACGCUAAGAUUAGGCGGGAGAACAACAAGAACAAUUUGUACAACCAAAAGCGUUUCAGCAAGUCAAACGAUCACCUGGUCCUGGCUAGUCUACAGUACAACCAAGCGAACCCAUUGAAGAAGCGACAUAGCAAAAGCCACGGAAAUUUGAAUCAGGACAAAAAGGAUACAAAGUCGAGUAUGACCCUGUCGACCGAAGACUUCAACGAGGUCCUGAACGCGAAGUUACGGAAGAUCCAGGAAGAGGAAGAGAGUCGCAAGAUGAAAAAAUUGUAUACCGGAAACAACAAUACAUUUGUCACUCGCAAGCCCUUUAUAACGACGGUUAAAACUGGGGAGUUUCUGAUGCCACCACCGGAAGUAGCGUGUCUGCUUGGUAUCAACCUGAACAACCACGAAAAUGGUGAGACGCAAGAAAGCCAUCCGCGUUCGAAAUUUCGUCCUCUGGUCUCGCUGACAAAGAGACCGGAAGUACGUCACGAGAGCCACAACGCUAGAUGUCACGCUGCUCUGAAAGCCACCACUGACUUUUCUAUGAGUCUAAUCAAUUCCUCGUGCGCCACGACGGCCAGCGUCUCCGAUGAAGUCGAUCGCACCAGGUUCAAAAGGGACGUGGCUCAUAACAAGUUGUACCGGACGCCUAGAGCGUUACCCAAAAAGUUGGCACCGAUCGAGAACACGAUGAAUAUGCUGCCGAUUCGCGGCGAUCAAGCUGUUCCUUACGGAAAUAUCAUGUUCGAUCGACGUGUGAUACGCGGUAGUACAUUCGCUUCUGCGCCUGUUCUGAUCGAUGGCGAGCAAUCGCAAGCAGCCAGACAGGCGGAAGCGAGAAGAAGACAACUGGCCAGAAAACGUGCACAAGCUCAGGCAUCUAGAGCUUUAAUGCUACGAGCUGGUUCGCCACCACCGGUUCCAGGACGAAAGCACGAACCGGUGCAGACGGAAGUCUUCCUGGAGGAGCUUUUUGAAAAACCAGAUGAAUUCGAGGUGGCUACGCAAACUGAUUAUUUCCUGGAAAGACCCCCCACUCCUCUGUAUUGUCCUGCCAAAACUGGUCAGGAUGUCGGCACUCAAAUAUGUCCUGGUGACCUGUUCGACUAUGACGUCGAAGUACAACCAAUCCUUGAAGUCCUGGUUGGUAAGACGAUAGAACAGGCUCUGAUCGAGGUCCUGGAGGAGGAAGAACUAGCUGCCCUGAGAGAACAACAAAGAAGAUUUAUGGAGCUGAGAGCUGCAGAAAAGGCGGAACAGCAAAGACUGGAGGAACAGGAAAGACGCCUUCGAGACGAGAAGUGUCGCCGUCUAAGGCAACACGAGGAAGCUAUGAAAACGCAACAGGAAACGGAAGACAGAGUUGCUGCGGCUGUUCUGCUCACAGGAUACAUUGCUGAAUUACUACCUGCCGUCUUGGAAGGACUAAAAAUGUCUGGAUUCUUAUUAGACGAGAUCAAAGCUGAUACCGAAGAAGGAUUUAUGCCAUGGCUGAUGAAGGAAGUGAAAAAAGAAAUGGGCAGUAUGAUAGAAAGCAGAGAAUUACUAAUGGAAAUCGUACGAGAGAUCCUGGAAAACAGAGCAGAAACGUACAGGCGUCUAGGAGAGGAAUACGACGCGUCCAUGGAGGUCAAAAUGUCAGAGUUGAUGGACGAACAGGAAGAGGCUGAUGGACAGGAUAUGGACUUCCUGAACUACGAGCCACCAGCGAUCGAUAAUCGCGACACGUUUUAAAAUAUUUAUCGAUCGAGGUCAUGGCCAACAACACACGGGGAACAAAUUGUCACCGGAUAGAAAAGUGCGUACUACACACAAUGCCUGAAUGUGUCUUGUUAUUUACAUCUUAGUAGCGGGAUCGGUGAUAUAUACAUAUAUACAUAAUGAUACGCGUAAAUAAACUUCUAUACGUUUAA